AUGCGCGUUCAGUUAGAGACGCUGCCUGAACGGGACUCACGGCGAGCCCCGCUCUUGCACAGCACGCAGAUAUCUCAACCAAAUGAGUUUGACAUCAUGCUGGUAAUACCUGUUGAAAGGCUUCAGCUGGAUGAGUCUGAUGACACGGGAGCCUAUUAUUACAUAACAUUCAAAAGAAAUCCAAAAGAAAAGUAUUUGUUGAAGUUUUUAGAUGAAGAUGGAAAAUUAUCAGCCUUUAAAAUGCUUCAAGCACUUAGAGAAAUUAUUAAACAAGAAGUAAAAAACUUUAAAAAUGUGGAAGUAACUGUGAAAAGGAAAAAGGCUGGAAGCCCUGCAAUAACUCUUCAGAUCAAAAAUCCUCCAUCAGAAAUAUCAGUGGACAUCAUCUUGACUCUGGAAGUCAAGCACAGCUGUCUGCCCAGCACACAGGACGGCCUCAAAAUUGAACAGUGGCUGGGAACAAAAGUCAGGAGAGAUUUCAAAUCGAGAUCAGUUUAUUUAGUAGCCAAGCAAAACAAAAGAGAAAAGGUUCUAAGAGGAAACACAUGGCGACUCUCCUUCUCACAUAUUGAGAAGGAAAUGAUGACGAACCAUGGCCACUCAAAGACGUGUUGUGAAUCUGAUGGAACAAAGUGCUGUAGGAAAGGUUGUCUUAAGCUGCUGAAGUAUCUUCUAGAGCAACUUAAAAUGAAAUAUCCAAAAGAGCUGGAAAAAUUCUGUUCAUAUCAUGUCAAAACUGCUUUUUUCCACUCUUGUGUCAUGUGGCCAAAUGACACAGACUGGAUUUUGGGAGAUCUGGAUCAUUGCUUUCAGAAAUGUCUGGGAUAUUUUGUGGAGUGCCUGCAAAAGUCUCAGCUGCCUCACUUUUUUAUUCCGCAAUACAACUUGCUCAGUCUGGAAGACAAAGCAAGCAAUAAUUUCCUUGCAAGACAGAUAAGCCAUCAACUGAACAACAGAUUCCCAAUAUUUCAGGAGAGCUAUUAAAAUCACUGUUUACAUUAGCUAUCUAAUAAUGUAGAUUUGCAUAUUUAGAACAAAAAGUUCUGUACCAUAAGUUACUCUUCAGUAGACUGAAGGACAAGGCUCCCAUGGGAGCCCAAACCCAGCUUUCAGCAAAAGAAA